UCGUUGCUUCCGCCAUCAAUAGAGAGAGGAAAAAAAUCGUCGCUUCCCCUCCCAUCAUCUCGUUUGCCGAGCCCGAGAGGGUGUGGGAGAGACUAAAUCGCGGCGGUGGCGGUGGCAGUGGCGGCGGCGGCGGCGAGGAAUCCAGCCCUGCCGAUGCAUUGCGUCCGAUCGGCCUCUCCAUAAGGCUCCCUGCCCCUGGGGAUCGGCAUGGAUCAAGAUUGUGAUGAUGUUGCAAAGCAAGUCGGCACAGAAGAGGAAAAGGCACUGAACGGAAUGGGAGAUAAUGUUGAUAAUGCCGAUAACAUGGAUGAACAAGAGGAAAAGCUCCGGAAGCGCACCUAGCCCAUUGUUCUUAGGCACAAGGCCAAAAAGGCUCCGAUCAAAGGUGUGGGAUGACUUCAAGCCCAUCUACAUCGACGGGAAGGUAGCGAGGGCUGAGUGCAUGCAUUGCCACCAAAUUUUAAUCAGCAACAGCGCCAAUGGCACUAGUAACCUGCUAAAGCACCAGGCCAAGUGCAGUCCCCAUCCCCAGAAAAGGCCAAUGCAACAGAAACUUCCGUUUCUGCUAUCCAGCCAGAAGAGUCUGACGGCACCCAAUUCUGAUCCAACGCAGAAAAAGCUCCCAUUCUUGCCGAUCAGCCAAAAGAAAUGCUCAGGUCCAGCAGAUGCAAUGCCUCAAAAGAAGGAUCCUGCCUUGCCUAACAGUAUGAAUGACACAAAUUGGAAGAGUCAGGAGGUUGGCAAGAGUGGGUCUCCUGAAGAACUCGCAACACCUGAGCAGAAGAAUCUUGCCUUGCCUGACGUACCCACUAAUAACAAUCGGAAGGAUCAGCCUCAUGAUGAAAAUCUAGUGCCUAAACAGAAGUGCAAUCCUACUGUAGUGAAUCUGAAGAAUCCUGAGGUUGAUCAGAGUGGAUCAAAUGGACUCAUCCAGACAAUGGCGAUGUGCGGGUACCUGCCAAUGAUGAUGUACAAUAAUAGGUUUAGGAAGUGUGUUCCUUGCUUAAAUUCUAUGCUCCCGAUGCCAUCUAACGAUAGCAUGUUUGGUGACUUUAUGCAACUGUUUCAUAACGAAAAGGCUAAGCUGAAGGAGAAGUUUUCUACCUUGAGCAGUCGGGUUUGCUUGAGUGCUCAUGUGUGGCACCAUGAUCCACUCUCAGCCUAUUUGUGCCUGAGUGUUCAUUACAUUGAUAAUGAAUGGGAGAGGCAACAGAAGAUCAUCAGAUUUCGUCAGGUAGAUCCUUCUUGUAAUGCAAGGGAAUUGAGUGAUGUUAUCUUGAGAGCUAUUGAAGAUUGGGGUCUUCGUGAUAAGGUUUUUAGUAUUACACUGGAUGAUGAAUUUGCCGAUGAUUCCGUGGCUUCAAAUGUCAAGGACCAUCUCCAGAAAUGGAACUCACACUACUCAAAUCAGAGCUUGUUUGUGGUACGAUAUGGAACUUAUUUACUUGAUCAAGUUAUUCAAGUGGGGCUGGAUGAACUUGACAAAAGUAUGGAGAAGUCAAUGAAGUGUUCUAAGUUCACGGAGGGCUUCACCUCUUCAGCAGUAAGAAAAGCAAACCACAACUAUGCAGAGUCAGCGAAGGACUGGAGCAAUGCACGUCCUAUUUGUGAUACCUUGGAGAGUUUUCACCAGUAUAUGGACACAAUGCAUGAUUUUCCCCGUCCAAGGCACCUAUUUGACAAGGUGUGGGCAGUCAAAUGUGAUUUGCAACGAAAAGUUGAUAUCUACAAGGACGGGGCAUUUUCUACAGUGCUAAAGAAGAUGCAACAGAAAUUCGAGAAAUGCUGGAAACUCUGUUGCUUUCAUUUCUAUAUGGCCAUGGCCGUUGAUCCUUCGUACCGUCUGGAACACAUCAAUUUUCAUGUUAGCCUGUACAGAGACAUAGAUUAUAUUCGUUAUAUGCAUGAUAUAUUUCUCAACCUCUUCGAUGAAUAAUCUGGCAAGGUGGAAGAUACUAACAGUACUUCUGAGACUAGAAAUGAAGUUGGUGUGAAUAGGGAUGACGAUCGGCUGAAAUAUUACCAUCAACAUCAGUCUGAAAUUUCAAUUUGUGAGCGACCGAUGACUGAGCUUGAUCAGUACUUGCUAGAGCCACGUCUCUCUAAAGGUGAGCCUGAUGUUCUUCGAUGGUGGAAGGGACAUAACCUGACCUAUCCAACGGUUGCUCGUAUGGCACGUGAUAUAUUGGCAAUGCCAUGCCGUACAAAUUGCAAUGUAGCAAUAAGAACUGCAAAAUUUGCUAAAUGUGAAUCACGCAGUAGUCACGAUAUUGAAGAGCUUGUUUGUCUUCAGGAUUGGCUCACACCUGACGGUCCUGCUAGCCAGACUUCGUCCAGUGAUCUUACUGAGUGAAAUCAAUCUUAGUCUCAAAAGGAAAAGGGUUCAAUGAUUCAAAUAUGAAAAAAAUGCACAAACGACGACUUGUUCAGACAAUUUUGGGCAUUAUGCCAAGUUAAUAGUGGUGUUUGUUACUGAUGGAGGUGUAAAGAGGCUUUUGUACUGACGUGUUGGGGGUAGUUUGUUACUGGUUCCUAAUAUCAGCUACUUUGAACUUAAACAUUUCAUCUGAUUAUGCUUUAUCAUUAUGUUUUUACAGAUAUCUUCUUGUGUUGAGUUCAUUCCUCUGAUGUGCAGUCCUCUUAUGGUUUACAAGGCUAAAAUAUAUAUCCCUUUCUUUGCUAAUUCCUGUACGUCAGUUUAAUUUGCUGGUCAAAAAAGUUCAGACUCUCUGAAGUCUGAACAAUAAAUAUGUUGAGAUAAUGAUUUUUUUUUUUUGAUCUAGGAGAGCAGCGCUCCCCCCUAUCUUCAGAGGUCAUCCUCUAAACUAUGCUAAACCAGACAUGAUCUAUAACCUUCUGGCACUGGCCAUUGCCUAUGGAUCUGCAUCUCUGUGACUGUACUGUGAACAAUAUUAGCUCAGUUCUGCUCUUCCAAAUUUCAGACUAAACCCUUGGACGGCCACCGGAGCACCUGGUCUAGCAGUGCACACUGGUAAGCUCCUGGAAUUCAAAACGGCGAUGCCUGGGACGACACGAAUUCUAGAUGAAGAAUGCAUCAUUAUUGGUGCCUCGGAUAUUGCUGCAGAUUUCAAACUGAAUAGUAAAAUUUGCAAAGUAAUUGGAGUGAGCAAUUGUAGUAUGUUGAUGGAAUUGGAUUUGGAUGCUUUCUGAAUCUCUCUGUUCAGGUCAAUUUGCAGAGUUGUAAACUACAGACCCAAAAGUUUUCACCAUGCCAAUUACAUGACAUGAGAGAUGAAACAAGCUGAUAUCCAUAGUGACUGUAUGAGAGCUUAGCUAGGGAGCAAUGUACUGUGCAAAACGAAA